ACCCGUCAGUCUGCCGGCUGUCGAGUUCGCGCUGUCAGUGGAAAUCAGGAGCUGGUGUAGUACUGGUUGUUUUGUUCUAAGGUCCGUAAGAGAGUGUAGUCCUCGUUGAAAUCGCCUAUGACUUACUCAUCGGCAAUAAGUGGAUUACCAGUUUGAAAUUCUACCUUACAGAACUAGAGUAAGGAUGUCGCCGAACAUAACGAGCGCACCAACGGGGGUGCUUUUCGAGGGCGAGACGGUGGAAGACACGACGAUCGUGGCGCCAGAAAUCCAAAAAGAGAAGCCACAGUACGUCAGACAAAUCGUAUGGCGAAAUGUAAUCAUAUUUGUCUACCUCCACCUCACCGCUCUCCACGGCUUCUACCGUAUUUUCACCUCUGCCAAAUUAACAACUACGAUAUUCGCAUUUUUCCUGUACCAGCUAUCCGGUCUGGGUAUUACGGCUGGUGCACACAGACUUUGGGCCCAUAAAUCCUACAAAGCCAAAUGGCAACUAAGGCUACUGCUCACCACCUUCAACACGCUGGCGUUUCAGGACGCGGUCUUAGAUUGGGCUCGAGAUCACAGAGUGCACCACAAAUACAGCGAAACAGACGCUGAUCCGCAUAAUGCGAAAAGGGGAUUUUUCUUCGCUCACGUUGGAUGGUUAUUGUGUCGAAAACAUCCGGACGUUAAGCAAAAGGGCAAAGGUAUCGACCUCAGUGACCUUGAGAGCGACCCCAUACUUGCCUUCCAGAGAAAGUACUACAUGUUUAUCAUGCCGCUGAUAUGUUUCAUCCUGCCAACGGUAAUUCCUGUCUUCUGCUGGGACGAAACGUGGAGCAACGCUUAUCUCAUACCAGCCGUUCUGAGGUACGUCGUAACCCUGAACGCAACGUGGCUCGUCAAUUCAGCGGCCCAUCUAUUCGGCAGCAAACCUUAUGACAAGUUCAUAAACCCCUCGGAGAAUGGGGGAGUGGCGUUCGUCGCCCUGGGUGAAGGAUGGCACAACUACCACCACGUGUUUCCGUGGGAUUACAAAACGGCGGAGCUUGGUAACUACAGAUGCAAUCUGACGACGGCGUUCAUCGAUUUCUUUGCUAAAAUCGGUUGGGCCUACGAUUUGAAGAGCGUUUCGACCGACAUGGUCAGAAAACGAGUAGAGAGGACGGGGGAUGGCAGCCACGAGGUUUGGGGAUGGGGGGACAAGGAUCAACCCCAGGAGGAACGAGAAGGAGCUAUCAUCACCCAUCAAAAGGCCCAGUAGUUUGUUAAGUGGUUUAAUAAUAAGUAUAGUGAAAACGGCUGCGGGACAGAGAUACGCUUUCGGGGGAUUAAAAUAGAUAGGAAGAUUGAAGAAGAAAGAAGGAAAAAAUAAAUACGGAAGCCAAGACGAUUGUUAGGAUACUUAUUCGUCAGCCAAAUUGAUCAAAUUUAAAUUACUGAAUUUUCUUAUAUUUGUUCUCUCAAUGGGAUGUCCAGCGACCUAGAAAACUUGCGGAUAUUUAGGCGUUUUCAUUAUUAUUAUUGUUGUUUUUGUUGUUGUUGUUAUUAUUAUUAUUAUUAAUAUUAUUAUUAUUGUACAUAAACGAUUUUGUUACACAAAUGACAAUUUCAGGGCAAAUCUCAGGGAAUCUUGUAAAGAUCUUCAAAUCUUUUUUCUUUCUUGCUAUGCCGGUGUCGCUUCCAUAUUUUCAUUUCGUUUCUUUUUUUUUUUUUUUUUUAAUUUUGUCAAAUCCGCCUUUUUAGGACGUUCAAUCGGGUGCGAUUUAAUACAAAAUGAUGGUUGAAUCAGGCAAAAUAUUUUUCUGACAUUUUCGAGAAUGACGAAGCACCGUGCAUGUACUGAUCGUAAAAAAUGGGUGAAUUCUGGUCUGAAAAACCUGGAAUUUCGAUCCGCCCAAUCGCUAGACAUCCUGUCGUGAGAGAAACCAAAAUACUUUUUCUUUUUACGAGAAGAAAAUUCGGUAUUGGUAGACGUUCAGGGGUGUACUGAUACUUUUUACUCACGAUAUAGGUAAGCAAGGUUGGAGUCAUCAGAUCAUUUUAAUGUAAAAACACAUACGCGUCUAUUGUAAUAUAAAUUCUUAAGUUUUCAUUUGCGUCCAAAAUUACAGACUGCAUAAAAUCCGUUCGAGUAUAUACUGACAUUUGAAAUGCUUGAUUACAGCGUAAAUUUGCGAAGACAUGAAUUUGUCAACAUUAAAAUUACAAUUUUUACGAAAAAUCUUAUUUUUGAAAAUUGAAACACGGGAAGGGUCUCAAUCGCCUUUUUCGGAGAUAUUUUUUAGUUUUAACCGUAGUCACCACCUUGGAGUGUCACUUUGGAAAAUAUUUGGCGUAUGGCCACUUCGUUUUCUACAAAAAAAUGGAAGCGUUUACGUAUUUUUGCGAUUCAAGGAAUAUAGUGAGGCACUCAAGUAUCAAAACUGGUUAGAUGAAUGGAUAUUUUUUGAACGUUGAUUGCCUUCUUUACCAGUACCACUUAAUUUUGAUCUGAACUUUCAGAGUAAACGCGAUACUUGUCUUAUUAAUACCAUAUGGGUAUUUUGGCUUGUAAAUAGUUUGAAUCUUUAGUGUACACAUAAAUAUGGAGAAAAUAUUUGUCUGUCACUUCGAUUUAUUCGUUGCCUAAUCUUCCGAGGAUUGCCGAUUGGCCCAAUGCUUGAAGAGAUGUGAAAAUUAUAUCGCUGAUAAAGUAGCAAAAUAUAUUUGUAUAAAAUCUUAAGAGUAUCUGUAAUAAGUAAAGUUAAGUGUAGAGAUGUAUAUGUAUAUGGUUAAGCCAGGAACCCAGGCUCCCGUGGAGUCGAGUCAAAGGAGGUUCUCAAUCUGACAAAAUAACGAAACAGACGAUUCGUUCGAUUGAGAAAACUUAUUAAUAUGGUUUCGUUGAAUUCAUCUUCAGUCAGAUGUAGACCGGUUCAGGUAUCGCCAGUUGAUAUGAACAGUUUUAAGAUGACGAAAACGAGUUUAAAAAUCGAAGAGAAUUUUUUCUGACCCGAGGAAAAAAUCUAAUGUAGCGAACAUUUACGAUAUGACGAACUUUCGGUGAGCCAAUCGCGUCUAGCGGAUGUAAUUGCUCAUUCUUGUUUUUUUUUUUUUGAGUUCGAUAAAUAAAAACUGAAAAUAAAUUUUUCAUUACAGAAUCAUUCAAGUUCAACCGAUCCGUCAUUUCAACCAGAUAUUUUAAUUAUCCCAAAUUUCCCUUCGCCAUUACCCAUCCGUUGGUACAUUUCGUAAAUCGCCAUUUUUGUACUAACGAGAUUGUUCAGUUAAAGUUCGUCCAUCGCCAUUACAGAAUGUGGGUGUUUAGAAGUUUCGUGAGUUUCCUGCGUGAUAAUAAUUUAGUUUGUACCGUUAUUAUUUAUUCUAUUUUAAUUCUUUGUAAUGUGACAUUUUUUGUUUUCAUUUCUUAGUCAGUGUGUGUUUCCUUUAUCCAUUUUUUCCCCUCUUUUUCUUCUUUAGGUUUUUUCUUUUUCUCUCAAUAAACUACAAAUAUACGCAGAUUCGCGAUGUAUUUGCUCUUUCUGCAGUCCGCGAGUAGACGAGCAUUUUUUUUUUUUUUUGCUUAUUUCAAAAUUAUUCGUAUAUCAUUUUUAUAGAUAUUGGUUUAAAAUUUUCGUACAUUAUUGAUGAUACGAAUAAAAUCUGUCCAAACAAACCACUUUUUCCUAGAAAGUCUAUUAUUUAAAGAGAGAAAAAGAAUGAAUUGGAAGAAAAAUAUUUUUAAUAUCAUAUACCGAAAAUUUUACUGUUUAUUUAACGAGUUAGGCACCAAUAAUUAAUAUGCAUGUUCGUGUCCCGCUCUUUCCAAUGAUUCAUUGAACGCAACAUUGGGGUUAUUAUUCAAUGUAACAAUCAAUCAAAUCAUCGAGAUAUCCUUGCGGAGAUGACAGGCAAACGUAAUUUACGUUAUGUAAGAUGGUCCAUGGAAUUAAAUGUUUUAUGGUGUGUAUCAAGCGGAAGAAGAAAGAGGAAUUGUCUGAAUAAUUGAAUACCAUUGUCGAAUUAAUUUUCUCUGUCUUUGGUACUUUUCUUUUCAUUUCGUCAUUUAUUCAUUUGCUUUUUUUUUCUGCUAGUGUCAUUUUUACGCCGGGUGCAUUACCCUGAGCCGCGAAUUCAGAAUUUCCAAUAAUAAUAAACGACAUGUAACAUUUCCGAGUUGCAUAUUUCUUCCACGCUCAUAUACACACAUCGUCGCUACAGGGUGAAAUCAUAAAGGAACGGGAGUCGUAAGUGUAAUGAUACAUUUUUACUUUGUGAGGUAAACAA